AUGGCCAAUCAUGGCGAAUUUCGACAUGAUUCAUAUUGCCGUUUUGCGUUUGAUGAUCAAGAUAAUGAUGAUUUCAGCGAGACUGAAGACAUUGUUACAGAAGGAAAAGGCUUUACAGAAUCUACUACUUCUGAGCUACCAUUUAGAAAAGUAAUGUCAGACAAAGAAGCAUGUGAAUUGUACAAUUCAUAUGCUUUUAAGCAUGGAUUUGGUACACGCAAAGCACUUAAAAGGACAAGGGAGGAUAAAAAGACAAUUCGUUUGCGAACUCUUGUUUGUAGUUAUGCUGGCUUUAAGAAAGUGAAGUCUGAUUCUGUGUACCAAAAAAAAGAUUACCAUAACGGUUGCAAAGCAUUUAUCCAGUUUGAUGUUGAUAAGGAAACUGGUUUGUAUCAUGUUGUCAAACAUGAAAUGGAGCAUAAUCAUAGCAGGGUUCCCAUUUCAAAGAGGCACUUGAUAAGAUCUCAUAGAAAGAUUGGUCAACAUUAA